CCCCAGGACUGGAUGGUUUGAUGUUGGACCUCUGAAAACUUCCAAAAGGAAGAAAGGUCUUAACCCAUAAGAACCCAGACCCAUUUUUCCUUAAAGGACUUAAUGAGUUAAGGUCAGACAUAAAGCUUUGCAAGGAAGAGACUGGGGCACUCAAAGUGCUUGUUACACUGGUGUCACCGUGAGUUCUUAUGGGUUAAGGUCAUUCUGCAUCCGGUUGUUCGAGGGACAAAAACCAGGAUAGUGGGGAACGUCAGUGAUUGUUCCAGUUCCAAUAAAAGGCAAACUUGCUAUAUGUGACAACUACAGGGGUAUCAACUCAGGUUGCUGCCAAAAUCUAUGAUUGGACGAUCCUCAACAGAAUUAGAUCAGUCAUUGACGAUCUACUCUACCCGGGUCAAAAUGGAUUUUGGCAAUCUCGCUCAACCACUGCGCAAAACCUAGCUUUUAGAAGAAUUGUUGAGGAGGUAUUAAAUCACAAGAAGAAGCAAUACUGGUUUUCAUUGAUUUCAAGAAGGCAUUUGACACAAUUGACAAACAAAAUGUUCCAAAUUCUACUGGCAUGUGGAAUCCCUCCUCCAAUUGUUCAAGCAAUAAAAUUAUGUAUGUCAACACGUCUGUGGUAGUCAAGACUCCCGAGGGCAACACAGACUUCUUCUCCAUCGACACCAGAGUAUUUCAAGGAGAUCUUCCAGCACCUUUCCUCUUCAUCAUCUGUUUAGAAUAUUCUCUUAGGAAUGCAGUCUUGCCCUCCAAUGGUCUGACCCUAAAGCGUCGUCAAAGUAGAAGACACUGUAAAACACUCUCAGGGAAGCAGAAGACCUUCUGCAUCGGGUCGAACGAGGAACAAGACAGAAUGGACUCUUCCUGAAUCCUUGAAAGACGAAGUUCAUGCACCUCAACACAACAUCUGAGGAGACAUUGCAUGGACUAGAUGGGUUAGAAAUCGAAAGAGUUGAUGAUUUCCUAUAUCUUGGAGGCUAUACCAACACAGCACAUGAUGUAGAAACAAAAAUUGGUAAAGCUUGGGGAGAAUUGCACUCUCUGUCAAAAAUAUAGGGAACUUCAACUAAAACGGCAACCAAAAUAAGAGUAUUCAAGGCGUCAGUGGAAUCCAUCUUACUGUAUGGUUCUGACUCCUGGUCACUAACGAAGACACUCUCAGAAAAAAUCGAUGGGACUUAUACCAGAAUGGUGGUACAAAAAAUCUCCUGGAAAUCACACCUCACCAACAAGUCGCUGUAUGGCUAAUAUCCAUACUUGUCAACCAUCAUUAGGCAACAUACACGAUCCCUGGCUGGACAUGUGGUCAGACACAACGAAGCAGCUGGUUGAGUGCUGUUAUGGAAACCAGAUACUAUCAGAAGGUCUGGCAGACCGAGCACAACCUUAAGCAAGCUGACAGAAGAAGACACUGGUCUGGAAGGCAAAGAACUUUUGACUGCAACGCUGGACAGAUGGAGCUAGAUGAAGAACUUUUUUCAUGUUACUGAUUCUGAUGCAAUUGACUGACUGAAAUUCCUUCACAAACACCACGCCUACUUCUCUGUCACACCUGCUCAGAAAAAACUCUGCAGGGAAGUCAGCUGCUUCACUUCCUCAUGUUUCCAGAGCGAGUUCAGUCUGCUUCCUAUUUUCAUUUGUCAUCUCCAGUUUGUCAACAUGAGAAUUCACAGAUUUCUGUUGCUGCUGGUGGUUUUCGUGACGUUUUCAAGAGCAAACGCUUUCUUCGGUUACGUUGAGGUUCAGUGCCUCUACACGUCAACUAAAGAUGUUGUGUACAUGGAAAAGGUGUACAUCAAUAAGUUACUCAUGAUCCAAUACAACAGCACUUUGGGAAACUACACCGGUUACACCGAGAAAGCGAAGAAACUUGCAGACGAAGCCAACAAAGUUGAAUCAUUCAGGGAACAAGCAAAGAAGAAUUUAGACCGAUGCAAAUCCAACAUCCCAUCGGUGUUCGAUGAGCUCACAAAACCAGUUGAACCUACUGUGAAGCUGAAGUUAGUGGAUGUAGCAGAUAGCAGACAUCCCAGCAUGCUUGUCUGCAGCGCUUAUGGUUUCUAUCCCAAACUCAUCCGAGUGUCGUGGCUGAGAGACGGAAAAGAGACCACAACUGAUGUGACGUCCACCGAGGAGCUGUCCAAUGGGAACUGGCUCUAUCAGAUCCACUCCCACCUGGAGUUUACACCCAAAUCUGGAGAGAAAAUCAGCUGCAGGGUGGAGCACGCCAGCUUGAUGGAGCCCAAACUUUAUGACUGGGAACCAAUUGUUGAGGCAGAGAGGAAUAAGUAUGCUGUUGGAAGUGCAGGGCUGCUGCUGGGUUUGUUGUUUUUCAUCACUGGGCUGAUUUUCUACAAGAAGAACUCAACAGGUCGGACGUUGGUGCCGACAAGUUAAGCUUUGUCCAAUGCUACGAUUAUAAAACAAAAGAAAAAUGGAAAACCAUCUAAAGGUGGAAUCGUCUUCUAUGUGGAGUAAAUCUCACAGUUCACACUCAGGUUGAUGCAUCUACAUACACACGUGGACAAA